AUGCCUUGCAGGGAGGAACUGGAUCAGCUGGCUGCUGGCUACAUUUCAGACACCAUGGGCUGUAUUCACACGGUGCAGGAGUUCUGCGACAGACACUCAAAAUGGCUCCUACAUAGAGAGUCUGAGCUGAAGAGGAUGCGAGACAUCACAAAGGGGACUGCGGACAGUAAAGCCCAGGAGCUGGAGAAGGAGCUGGGAUGCCUGCUCCAAGACACCUUGAAGGGGCUUGAGAAGCUGACCCCGUUCCUGGAGGCUGUGGAGAUGCUGGCGGUCACGUCGCUCUCCGUCUUCGAGGAGGAGAAUCCGGUGUGCCAGCUCCCUGAGGGGGUGAGCGCUGAUGCCGUUCGUUCAGUCAUCACCGCCGCCAGGCGAGCCUGUCCGCUUUUGAUCCAUUUCAAGAGAGACGACGGCAAAUUCUUUAUGCCCAGCCUGGUGAACGUGGACCUGCUGACUUUCCAGCUGGACAAAUACUUGAAGGUUUCCCAGGAGUUGUGUGAGAAGCUCCAGAAAAGAUCAGACCGGCACUUCAGGAUGACCUACCUGUUCAGGGGAUCAGCCCAGCGGUUCAUCGGCCUGUUCAGCCAGCGCUGCUCCAGGAUGCAGCAGUUCCUGGAUGCUCUGGAGGAAGAAGCUGUGCAGCUGGACAGGAUGAAGAUGGGGGCCAGCAUCUCCAGCGUGGCGGGCAGCAGUGUGGGCCUCGUGGGAGGCAUUGCAUCCAUCGCGGGCCUGGCUCUGGCCCCUGUCACGUUGGGGACAUCGCUGGCCUUCACGAUGGUCGGCACGGGAUUGGGGGUCACCAGUGGCGUGAACAGCAUAAUUACAGGUAUCACCGAAUUAUCGGUCAACACUCACCACGGGAAGAAGAUCAAUGAAAUCUUCCAGAGCUACUUUGAAGACGUGGAGACUAUGCUGGAGUGUCUGGAGCAAGCGGCCAGGUGCAUUAUACCCAACACGGUGCCAGAUGUGCUGGAUUUUGAGACAGAUGUCGUGACUUUUGCCAAAACCACAGGUGGCGUGACUAAAGGGAUAGAUGUCUUAGUGGAUUGUGCUUCUGCCGUAAAGGUGGUCAGAGCCGAAGAGGUGGCCUCGAGUGCAGUCAAGGUGGGAGUCAAAGCUGCCCAAACCGUCCCCAACAUGGCGGCCGAUCUCUCCAAUAUCAGGCAGUUGGCUAAGGGCACUCCCCUCUCCCUAAGCAAGUCUGCCAGGGUGGGGUCCAUUGGCUUCAAAUCCUUCUUCAUCGGCAUGGACCUCUUCUUCAUCUGCAAGGACAGCAUCAGCCUGGCCAAUGGGGACAAGAGCAAAGUGUCAAAGGUCAUCCGUGGGAAGGCCAGUCUGUGGAAGACCGAGCUGGAUGCAUGGGAGAAGAUCCAUCGCUCUCUGUGCAUCGGGAUAUGGAGGUUCAGAAGGAGUGAGGAGGUCCUAUGGAGGCCAUUUUACCAGGCACAAAAAAGGGAGGACCUGGGUCAGUUGACUGCUGGCGACAUUUCAGGCACCAUGAGCUGUAUUCACACGGUGCAGGAGUUCUGCGACAGAUACGGAAAAUGGCUCCUACAGAGAGAGUCUGAGCUGAAGAGGAUGCGGGACAUCAGGGACAGAGCGGAGAAGAUCAAUCUCACAACUGACCACUUCCUAAAAUCAAAAACCAAGAUGAAGGCCUUCUGGGAGUAUGUGUGGAGCAAGGUGACCAAGGUAACUGCGAGGAAAAGGGCCCAGAAGCUGGAGAAGGAGCUGGGAUGCCUGCUCCAAGACACCUUGGAGGGGCUUGAGAAGCUGACCCAGUUCCUGCAGGCUGUGGAGAUGCUGGCGGUCACGUCGCUCUCCGUCUUCGAGGAGGAGAAUCCGGUGUGCCAGCUCCCCGAGGGGGUGAGCGCUGAUGCCGUUCGUUCAGUCAUCACCGCCGCCAGGGGAGCCUGUCCCCUUUUGAUCCAUUUCCAGAGAGACGACGGCAAAUUCUUUCGGCCCAGCCUGGUGAACGUGGACCUGCUGGCUUUCCAGCUGGACAAAUACUUGAGGGUUUCCCAGGAGUUGUGUGAGAAGCUCCAGAAAAGGGAGGAACCGGAUCAGCUGGCUGCUGGCUACAUUUCAGGCACCAUGAGCUGUAUUCACACGGUGCAGGAGUUCUGCGACAUACACUCAAUAUGGCUCCUACAGAGAGAGACAGAGCUGAAGAGGAUGCGAGACAUCAGGGACAGAGCAGUGAAGAUCAACCUCAGAACUGACCACUACAAAAAAUCAAAAAACAAGCCGAAGGCCUUCAGGGAGUUUAUGUGGAGCAAGGUGACCAAGGUAACCGCGGGGAAAAGGGCCCAGAUGCUGGAGAAGGAGCUGGGAUGCCUGCUCCAAGACACCUUGAAGGGGCUUGAGAAGCUGACCCCGUUCCUGCAGGCUGUGGAGAUGCUGGCGGUCACGUCGCUCUCCGUCUUCGAGGAGGAGAAUCCGGUGUGCCAGCUCCCUGAGGGGGUGAGCGCUGAUGCCGUUCGUUCAGUCAUCACCGCCGCCAGGGGAGCCUGUCCCCUUUUGAUCCAUUUCAAGAGAGACGACGGUGAAUUCUUUCAGACCAGCCUGGUGAACGUGGACCUGCUGGCUUUCCAGCUGGACAAAUACUUGAGGGUUUCCCAGGAGCUGUGUGAGAAGCUCCAGAAAAGGACAAAGAAAGCCCCAUGCCCAAAUUUGACCAACGAAGCCAUUCAGAACAUGUAUGAACAUUUGACUGACCUGACGAGCAUCAGAUUAGACCGGCACUUCAGGAUGACCUACCUGUUCAGGGGAUCAGCCCAGCGGUUCAUCGGCCUGUUCAGCCACCGCUGCUCCAGGAUGCAGCAGUUCCUGGUGGCUCUGGAGGAAGAAGCAGUGCAGCUGGACAGGAUGAAGAUGAGGGCCAGCAUCUCCAGAGUGGCGGGCAACAGUGUAGGCUUUGUGGGAGGCAUUGUGUCCAUCGCGGGCCUGGCUCUGGUCCCUGUCACGGCGGGGGCAUCGCUGACCCUCACGAUGGUCAGCACGGGGUUGGUGGUCACCAGUGUCGUGAACAGCUUCGUUUCAGGUACCACCGAAUUAUUGUUCAACACUCACCACGGGAAAAAGAUCAAUAAAAUCUUCCAGAGCUACUUUGAAGAUGUGGAGACUAUGCUGGAGUGUCUGGAGCAAGCGGCCAGGUGCAUUAUUUGCAACAUGGUGCCAGAUGGGCUGGAUGUUCCGACAGUUAUUGAGAAGGCCACCAAAACCGCAUGUUCUGUGAGAAAAGGGAUAAAAACCAUUGUGGAUUGUGCUUCCGCCAAAAAGGUGCUCAGAGCCAAAGAGUUGGCCUCAACAUCAAAAGCUGCCCGAAACGUCCCCAACAGGGCGGCCGAUCUCACCGAUCUCGGGCAGUUGGCUAAGGGCACUCCCCUCGCCCUAAGCAAGUAUGCCAGGGUGGGGUCCAUCGCCUUAAACUCCUUCUUCAUCGGCAUGGACCUCUACUUAAUCUGCAAAGACAGCAUCAGCCUGGCCAAUGGGGACAAGAGCGAAGUGUCAAGGGUCAUCCGCGAGAAGGCCAGUCUGUGGAAGACCGAGCUGGAUGCAUGGGAGAAGAUCCUUCACUCUCUGUGCAUCGGGAGAUUGAGCUUUGAAAUGAGUGAGAAGGUCCUGCAGAGGCCAUUUUACACCUAG